AUGCUCAGUGGGGGCAGCAGUAGGUGUCGCUAUGCAGCUCUGGUAUUGCUGGCAGUUGCGGGGAGAGCUUUCGUAGGCUGGGCCGGCGAGGCAAGGCAGCUCUCAAGAGUUCCUCGUGCUGGUGUGGAGGAGACCUACACGGAGGGCUUUCAGUGCCUGAAGUCUGGGACGGACUUCAAAAGAGGGGUGCGCUGCCUGCAGGAGGCUGCCGAAAUGGGCUUUUCUGUGGCAGACACCGACCUUGGGACUCUCUAUGCAGAGGGCCAAUUCGGCGUGCAACAAGACUACACGCUGGCCAACUACCACCUCGAACGUGGGGCGGAGGGCGGCGACAGCAGGGCGCAUUUCCAGCUGGGUGUCUUCAAGCUCAGAGGGAAGAAUGGAUUCCCGACGGACAAAAAAGCCGCCGCCAGACAUUUCAGAAUCGCUGGUGAGGCGGGAUGCCGGCCGGCGCUCAGAAACCUUUCGCGGAUGUUUGCAACGGGCGACGGGAUUCCCCAAGACUCCCGCAUGGCCGUGCAAUGCCUUGUGCGGGCAGCAGAGAGGAGCGACACCAUGCAGGAGCUGCUGGAGAAGAUGCGCUCUGGCACCCUCGACAGGGACACAGCGGACAAGCUGCAGGAACACAUGGAGAGGAUGAGGCAGAAACUCGCCAAUGACCCAGAUUUCAACCCGACGGCAGACUUCGGCGUUUAG